AUGGUCCUGGAGAAGGAUGUACAACGUGGGGGAUCUGUGCCGGUGUUCAGACCCGUGGAUGUUGUUCUGGACGUGUCUCCCAUGGUAACGCCCCUUAUGGCGCCUUCUCCCAUGGUGCCGCCCCUUAUGGCGCCUUCUCCCAUGGUGCUGCCCCUUAUGGCGCCUUCUCCCAUGGUGCCGCCCCUUAUGGCGCCUUCUCCCAUGGUGCUGCCCCUUAUGGCGCCUUCUCCCAUGGUGCCGCUCCUUAUGGCGCCUUCUCCCAUGGUGCUGCCCCUUAUGGCGCCUUCUCCCAUGGUGCCGCCCCUUAUGGCGCCUUCUCCCAUGGUGCUGCCCCUUAUGGCGCCUUCUCCCAUGGUGCUGCCCCUUAUGGCGCCUUCUCCCAUGGUGCUGCCCCUUAUGGCGCCUUCUCCCAUGGUGCUGCCCCUUAUGGCGCCUUCUCCCAUGGUGCUGCCCCUUAUGGCGCCUUCUCCCAUGGUGCUGCCCCUUAUGGCGAAUUCUCCCAUGGUGCUGCCCCUUAUGGCGCCUUCUCCCAUGGUGCUGCCCCUUAUGGCGCCUUCUCCCAUGGUGCUGCCCCUUAUGGCGCCAUCUCCCAUGGUGCUGCCCCUUAUGGCGCCUUCUCCCAUGGUGCUGCCCCUUAUGGCGCCUUCUCCCAUGGUGCUGCCCCUUAUGGCGCCUUCUCCCAUGGUGCUGCCCCUUAUGGCGCCAUCUCCAAUGGUGCUGCCCCCAGUGUUGCCACCCCUUUCCUGUAAGAGCCUCCCCGCCCACAGCAAGAGCCUCCCCGCCCCACAACAAGGGCCUCCUCGCCCACAGCAAGAGCCUCCCCGCCCCCAGCAAGGGCCUCCUCGCCCCACAGCAAGAGCCUCCCCGCCCACAGCAAGCCUCCCCGCCCACAGCAAGGGCCUCCUCGCCCACAGCAAGAGCCUCCCCGCCCACAACAAGGGCCUCCUCCCGCCCACAGCAAGAGCCUCCCCGCCCACAGCAGGCCUCCUCGCCCACAGCAAGAGCCUCCCCGCCCACAGCAAGAGCCUCCUCGCCCACAGCAAGAGCCUCCCCGCCCACAGCAAGAGCCUCCUCGCCCACAGCAAGAGCCUCCCAGCCCACAGCAAGAGCCUCCUCGCCCCCAGCCUCCCAGGAGCCUCCCCCCCACAGCAAGAGCCUCCUCGCCCACAGCACGAGCCUCCCCGCCCACAGCAGAGCCUCCCCGCCCACAGCAAGGACUUACUCCCCGCCCCGCCCACAGCAAGAGCCUCCCCGCCCACAGCAAGAGCCUUCCCGCCCACAGCAAGAGCCUCCCCGCCCACAGCAAGAGCCUCCCCGCCCACAGCAAGAGCCUCCCCGCCCACAGCAAGAGCCUCCCCGCCCACAGCAAGAGCCUCCUCGCCCACAGCAAGAGCCUCCCCGCCCACAGUAAGAGCCUCCCCGCCCACAGCAAGAGCCUCCCCGCCCACAGCAAGAGCCUCCCCGCCCACAGCAAGAGCCUCCCCGCCCACAGCAAGAGCCUCCCCGCCCACAGUAAGGAGCCUCCCCGCCCACAGCAAGAGCCUCCCCGCCCACAGCAAGAGCCUCCCCGCCACACAGGGCCUCCCCGCCCACAGUAGAGCCUCCCCGCCCACAGCAAGGGCCUCCCCGCCCACAGUAAGAGCCUCCCCGCCCACAGCAAGGGCCUCCCCGCCCACAGUAAGGGCCUCCCCGCCCACAGUAAGAGCCUCCCCGCCCACAGCAAGGGCCUCCCCGCCCACAGCAAGAGCCUCCCCCGCCCACAGCAAGAGCCUCCCCGCCCACAGCAAGAGCCUCCCCGCCCACAGCAAGAGCCUCCCCGCCCACAGCAAGAGCAUCAAGACAAGAGAGUUCUUCAACAAACAGCUGGACAAAUAA